UUGUCACUUGGCAGCCGCUAUUCAGUGAUGCCUUAUGGUUAUGGAGUAUUGGGUGCUGACUACGGGUUUAUCCUGUUCUGCAGACAUUGGGUCUGGGUGUAUUAGUUAUGUCAGACAUAUACUGUAUCUCUCAGUUCUGCCGUUUACAUCGUUAUAUUGGUGCAUGGAUCUGAUGAAGCUGAGAUACAGGGAGCUGUUUGCUGGGAUCCUCGCACUGUGGGGCUGACAGAGCUGAUGGUCGAUGGAAAAGAGCACAAAUGUGAAGUCCCUGACGGCUAUGUUUAAUGCAGCGCCCAGUCCCAUGGAGGGAGCUGAGAAGUCCCCAGGGAACCCUCCAUUAAAUAGCUUUCAAGCGAGAAGAGCAGAAUUUGCAAAAGCUAACAAUUUUAACUCAGGAACUUUUCCCAAGAAACCUGUCUCGCCAAAACCUCCUCAGGUUCCCAAAUCUGCAUCUGAUGAAAUAAAACACCCAGCAUUAAGACCGGUAGGUAUAAACAGAUUUGGGGGUUCUGUUCAUGGACCAAGUCAAGACUCGGACGUGAAGCCUACAUUUCCAAAACCACCUGGAUUUAAGACUUUCGAGCAACCAAAGGAUGAGCCAAAGGUGCCAUUUCCAAAGCCCAUCGGAAAUAAACCACUUCUAACUACUAACUCGCCCUUAGAACAUAAGUUUGGAGUCAAGCCACCGGUUCCAACUGAAGAGAAACAAAAACCAGCCUUCCCAAAGCCAUCAGCAAUUAAAGCAUCAUCAGAGAAUGAGCCGAAACCCUACAUACAGAAGAAGCCGCCAUUUGGGGCAAAACCUUCAUCGAACACUGUUGGAUCCCCAGGUGAAGUCAAUGCCACCAAACCUGGUUUGGUCUCAAAGACAUUCUCAAAUUCCUUAGAAAAUAAACCUGCAAAGCAAACUAAAGAAACGCCAGAAGAAAAUCUUGCACCGGGUCCUACAUCUCAAUUCUGUGUCCCAUUACGACCAACCGGCAUCAAACCGCUGCAGAGCCCAUUUCUAAAGCAAAACCCAGAUGAGCCGCACGACAGGGCAAAGCAAGGUACGCCACUGAAGGAUUACCAGGCCAAAGUGAACCAUGAUGGGGGCAACUCUCAACCUCCUGUGUCAAAAUACCCAAGAUUUCCAUCAACGAGUCAGAUGCCUCCUGCUCCAGACAAUUUAAGAGAACAGAAGGAUUCAUCAGAACCAAAACGGAAAUCCCUGCCGACCCCAGCUCAACUUGGCCCUCCACCUCAAAAACCAGCGAGACCUCCAAACGUUGACAUAGAACGAUACAGAAGUGGAAAGACGAUGGGUAAGUUACAUUCUCAAGUUUGCUACCCGAUAGAAAUCAUACAGUAACAUAAAAAAGCAUCG